AUUGUUGUAUAGUUGUUGGGUGAUUCUGCUUAUGAUUAGAAUUUACUUUUCUGGAUUCUGGCUUAGUAGUUUCUUCUCAGUGAUCCGGAACUCAUUUCAUGGGGGCUGGGACGAUGGUGACCGCAGCCGGAGCGGCGGCGAUGCUUUACUAUGUAUUGACUAGGAGCCUGGCGAGGAAGGCUGAAGAAAACGAGGUUCCUAACGGGGAUUUAUCGAAAUCCAGCAGACCGUUACGGAGGAGAAGGCUUGCGCGAAGGCCGGCUCAGCCUCCGGCGACUCUGUUAGAAUCGGUUAUUAUGUUAUCGGAAACAUUGAGGUUCACCUAUUCGGAGACUUUGGGUAAAUGGCCCAUCGGUGACUUGGCAUUUGGCAUUAAUUACUUUAUGCGCAAACAGGGUAAUUUACGAGUUGCAAGUGUAUAUGCGGGAAGUGAUUGUGUUCAACUUAAAGGCUCCGAAAUUAUGGCGGAGUUGCAUGAUCUCUUGAGGUUGUUGACAAUGUGUAUGCUUUUCUCAAAGAAGCCAUUUCCGUUGUUUUUGGAGUCUGCCGGAUUCUCCUUGGACGAUGUCCUUCUGCAGAAGCCCAAAGCAGGGCUUCUAAGACCUGCUUUCACAAUUAUACGUGAUGCAACAUCAAAAUGUUUUCUACUUUUGAUUCGGGGUACUCAUAGUAUUAAAGACACACUGACGGCUGCAACUGGUGCUGUGGUGCCCUUCCAUCAUUCGGUUUUAAAUGAUGGUGGAAUUAGCAACUUAGUUUUAGGAUAUGCACACUGUGGUAUGGUUGUUGCAGCUCGUUGGAUUGCAAAGCUCUGCACUCACCUGCUCAAGGCCAUCGGUGAAUCUGACUUUAAUGUAAAGAUUGUCGGGCACUCCCUUGGCGGCGGCACUGCAGCACUGUUAACAUAUAUCCUGAGAGAACAAAAAGAAUUCUCUUCAGUUUCCUGUGUCACAUUUGCCCCAGCUGCCUGUAUGACAUGGGAGUUAGCAGAAUCAGGGAAGCACUUUAUCACCACUAUUAUAAAUGGCUCUGACUUGGUGCCUACCUUCUCAGCUUCCUCUGUUGAUGAUCUCCGUGCUGAGGUUACUGCAUCAUCUUGGUUGAAUGAUCUGCGAGAUCAGGUUCACCGUACGAAGGUCCUGAAUGUUGUCUGUCGCUCUGCAACGGCACUUGGGUCGCACAUACCUUCAAUAUCGAGUGCAAAAGCUAGGGUAGCUGGUGCAGGUGCUAUUCUGCGGCCAGUAACCAGUGGCACUCAGGUUGUGAUGAAGAGUGCGCAAAGUGUUGCUGAAGCUGUUGUCCGAACUCGAUCGUCUUUAUCAUCAUGGUCUUGCAUUGUUAACCCAUCAUCUAGCUCCGAAAUAGAGAACUUGGCUGGUGAUGCUUCUCAAAUAUCUGAGGGGAGAACUGAAUGUGUUUUGACUGAAGUCAUGGAGAUUGAGCCAGUGCUGCAUAAAGUUGAUCAUUGUUACUCAAUCAGAGCAUCGAGCUGCCAUGACGACACAGAUGAAGAGGAGCAACUCAUUCCCGGUAAUCAAGGCGCCACCACUUCCACCAUUGAUGACAUCACUGAAGGCCAAUUGUGGUGUGGGCUGGAGAAGGAACCUCAGAAGCCGGAUAACACACUGAACAUUGCCCUGGAAGAAGAAGGGGCAGCCGCAGCUAAAGAGAUAACAGAGGAAGAUAAUCAGCUUCUUGUUGAUGUUUCAGAAAGCAGCAACUCAAGUACAUCUUCCAACAACUCAGAUAGCCAUCGCUUUUAUCCUCCUGGGAGAAUCAUGCAUAUUGUGCCUGUACCUUGUGAGGCAUAUUCAGACUCAAUUUCUGAUGAUCCUGUUGAGGAACGCGUCUGUUUAUAUGAAACACCCAGAGAGCUGUACAGCAAGCUCCGACUCUCAAAAUCAAUGAUCAAUGAUCAUUAUAUGCCUAUGUACAAGAAGAUGAUGGAACAGUUAAUUCGAGAACUCGAGAAAGACAGCAGUUGUGACACAACAAUGUAAAACCGGGGGGGAAAAAAAGCCCCAAUGGAAGAUAAAAAUUCAAGUUUACUCCUUACAUUCCUUC